UCCGACUGUACUAUAAGAACGUCAAAUCGCCGAUGCCGUGCCCGAUGACUACCGAUUACGACGAAGACGCCGGGAACGUCAGUGCAGUGCCAGUAUCUGUGGUGCAACAGUGUAGAGGCUAUCCUAUUGACUGCUCUUUUUAACCAAAUCUUUUGCUACUAUGUUAAAAUAAACUUGAUUGUGUCUUCUCGACGCGUUUUUUGAUAAAUUCGUUGUGCUAGUGGUGGUUAAUGGUCUUAUGCAGUUUCUACUUAACGUGAAAAAAUUCCACCUGAAAUCUUUUGCAGAGAAUUCGUUGUUCCAGAAUGCUCUAAAACGAAAUGUGGUAACCAAUAUAAUUGCGUGUUCAAGAUUAAACACAACUGUGGAAGAAGAAAUGCCGCCAUCGAAUUUACAUUGCUGACAGUUAUUUAGUUUCGUUAAAAUAAUAAACGAUAAUGCUUCCUUGGACAAUUUGUAUAUUGACAAGUCUUCUUGUCCCGUCAUGUCAACCGACGCCUCAUCGAGGUCGACAUCAUCCCUCGGAACCACACGCCGAAGCUUUUCAUAUAUCACGUGACACAUUCGAUCCGCACAGAGACUCCGAAGAGUUUAGAAGGGACGGUACCGAUGAGAAAAGGGAUUUUACUAGAAGGGAUUCAACGGAAGACGAUCCUUUAGUUAUAGAAACUAAAAAAGGGAAAAUUAGAGGAAUGACAGUUACUUCGGCUACUGGUAAAAAGGUGGACGCUUGGUUGGGAAUACCGUACGAUCAAAAACCGUUAGGGAAUUUGAGAUUCCGCCAUCCGCGACCUAUAGAAAAAUGGGAAGGCGUUCUAAAUACGACCGAACAACCGAAUUCUUGCGUACAAAUAAUCGAUACGGUGUUCGGCAAUUUCGCCGGUGCCACGAUGUGGAACCCCAACACGCCAAUAAGCGAGGACUGUUUAUAUAUAAACGUGGUGGUACCUAAACCGAGACCGACGAACGCGGCCGUAAUGGUAUGGGUAUUCGGCGGCGGUUUUUAUUCCGGUACCAACACUUUGGACGUGUACGACCACAACAUUUUGGUAUCCGAAGAGAACGUCAUAUUAUGUUCGAUGCAAUACCGGUUGGCUUCGUUGGGUUUCUUGUAUUUCGGUACGUCGGACGUGCCCGGCAACGCCGGUAUGUUCGAUCAAAUGAUGGCCCUGCAAUGGAUCAAGGACAACAUCGCGACUUUCGGCGGCAAUCCCAAUAACAUAACCUUAUUCGGCGAAUCCGCCGGAGCGGUGUCGGUGUCGUUGCAUCUCCUUUCGCCGCUCUCGAGGAAUUUAUUUUCGCAGGCCAUAAUGCAAAGCGGCAGCCCCACGGCGCCCUGGGCGAUAAUAUCGAGGGAGGAGAGCGUCUUAAGGGGGAUCAGAUUGGCGGAGGCGGUCGGUUGUCCUCACGAUCGCGACGAUUUGAAUUCCGUAAUCGAUUGCCUAAAGAAGAAGGACCCCGUCGAGCUGGUGAACAACGAAUGGGGUACGUUGGGGAUAUGCGAAUUCCCUUUCGUUCCAGUUAUAGACGGGGCGUUUUUGGACGAACACCCCGUCCGCGCGUUGGCCAACAAGAAUUUCAAGAAAACGAAUAUCCUGUUGGGUUCCAACACCGAAGAAGGCAAUUACUUCAUCAUAUAUUAUUUGACCGAAUUGUUCAGGAACGAGGAGAACGUUUACGUUAAUAGACAGGAAUUUUUGCGUGCCGUUACCGAACUAAAUCCUUACGUGAACGCCGUCGCGAGACAGGCGAUCAUAUUCGAAUACACCGAUUGGUUGAACCCCGAAGAUUCAGUCAGCAACCGAAACGCUUUGGACAAAAUGGUCGGCGAUUACCAGUUUACGUGUAACGUUAACGAAUUGGCGCAUAGAUACGCGGAAACUGGUAAUAAUGUGUAUAUGUACUAUUACAAGCAUAGGAGUGUCGCUAACCCUUGGCCCUCGUGGACAGGUGUUAUGCAUGCCGAUGAAAUAAACUACGUUUUUGGAGAACCCCUGAAUCCAACUAGAAGUUAUACUGCUCAAGAAGUAGAUCUCAGUAAAAGAAUUAUGCGUUAUUGGGCUAAUUUUGCAAAAACAGGUAAUCCUAGUUUGAGUCCGAAUGGUGCGUGGACGCCAACUUUUUGGCCUCUACACACGACUUACGGUAGAGAAUAUUUGACUUUAGACGUGAAUUCGACUGCGACCGGUAGGGGGCCCAGGCUAAAGCAGUGUGCCUUUUGGAAAAAAUACCUUCCUCAGCUGCAGCAGAUGACGGCCGAACUCCAAAAUACACAAUCCAGCAAGGAUUGUACAAACUUAGGAAUCUCAAUUGCCAGUUCGCGGUACCUGAUAGUAUCCUUCUUCCUGCUAGUUAUAAUUGAAUUGAGAUGGGAAACCUUGCAACAGUCUUAAAGCUUCGAAUCACCGACAAAAAUUACGAACUAAACGGCAUAGAAUUUCGCUUUUUCGCUAAAUAUAUAGAGUCAAUAAAACGGUAGAAAACCGAUAAAUAACAUGGAGGACAAGGUUUACAGUUAGGUUGAGGUUUCUACCUCGUCACGAAAUGUCGAUAAGAAAAAUAUUUUUGUAGCAGGCCAAGAAUGGAAUUAGAAGAAUCGAAAUAUUAGAUUAUUGAAAAAUAAAAACAAUACUUUCACUUUUUAGUGACUUGUAUGAUUGUGCACAAAGUAAACAAUCGUAAUACUUUAUAUGUAAAACACUUAGAAUAAAAAUAAAUGCUUACGAAUACUUUUUAUAAUAAAGUUUGGUACUUUCGACUCCAAUAAAUAAUAUAAACUUUGGAUUGUUUCGGGGGUAUUCAAAAUAAAUGUUCAUGCUCGUCGUCGGUGUAUAUCACACUAUUAAUUAACGAAUUAUAUAAUUUAUCAUCAUAUCUUACCUUGUUUUUAAAAGCUUUAACUCAUCACAACCAAAAACUAACCUAAUUUCAUUUCGACAUUACUGUCAAAUAAUACAUGAGAAGUUUUCAUUCUUUCCAUAGAAUUUAGUGCUUUUCUUAAUCUAUGGAUAGAUCAGGUUAACCCGAUCAUAAUCUGAUUGUUCGAAGAAUAAUUCGGAUCACUUUUGUUGUAGAUCUGAAUAAAUCUUACUGAUGUGAUAGAUCCUAUCUUUUGUGCUAAUCUCUGAAAGUGAUCAGCUGAUGUCUGUGAAUUUUCUUUUAAAUUUAUUGUUGCUUAGAUUUGUGGUCUGAAUACCGUUCGGUGAUUUCAUAAAAGUUCGCUACGAUUCCGGAAUCAGUUGAUUGGUGAUAUCUAUCUGAUCCAGGUUCAUAGUUUACAAAAAGUUCUAAUAAAUUUCGAAUCGAGGCAACCAACUACACGUAUUUGUGUAUAUUCUUGUCUAUAGAAGAUAUUUUGUUUUUAUAUUAUACAGUAUGUCAUUAACUGAAUAAUUUCGAAUUUAACGAUAUUUUCAUGUUCCUGCUAAUGUUGUGAUGAAUAAUUGAGGACUGUUUUCAGUGGCCUACGUUCUAUAAAAGUUAUUUAACGCGUCUCGUACUAGAUCUCAGGGGCAUUAAAACAUUUAUGACUUAAUUGGACAUAUCUUACUUGGAGAUAUAAUAAUUGUGAACGAUAAGGAAUUGUUUUUAUUUUUCAGUAAUCAGUAUCAAUUUUGUUGUUUUGAUUGAAGCUUUUAUGGUUAUUUAUAUGUUGAAAAAACAAAAAAUUUUAUUCAUCGCCACAAAAAUUUUAAUUUACUAUUUUGUAUUAUUAUCAAAAAGUGAAUCAUAAUUCUAAUAUUUUAAAACCUUUAGAAUAAUAACUAUGAAAAGUCAGCUGUUUGCAAAAACAAUCAUCCUUGUAGACACAUACAAAAACAAAAAGAUGGCCGACUGUCAUAGACGCUGUGCUUAAGGUUACGGAUAAAGGGAAUUAGCAACUGAUUAAUGUGUAACAAUAAUUUCUUGUUUUUACUUAAUUGAAUGUAUACGGGGCACAAUGUAGACUAAAUUAACUAAAUUUGAAUUUUUUACCUCGAAUAAAAUUUUUUGUGAAAUUAUAAUGAUACCUAUUUUUUGAAGUUUGCAAAACUAGACCAAAAUAUUUAUAAUAAUUUUGCGUUGUAUGCUAAUAGAUUGACGAAAAUUUCUUACAUCUAAGGGAUAGUAUAGUUUAUAGUUCCCUAGUGCCUCUGUUAUAGUUUUAGCGUAUUGAGCUUUCAAGCUUUCAACGAAAAUUUUCCCACCUCAAUUUCGAGUUUGUGAAAUUUCAACAAAUGGAAACAUGAAUAUUUCAAGUUGAAAGAAUGUCAUAGGAAAAAUUCGGGCCUACCAACUGAAAUUUGUAUUGAAAGCGUGUGCUAUCGUCACGUUGAACGUAACGUUUGACAUAAUCUUUUAUGUAAUCCGCAGCUGCAUACCAACAAUCCCGAAUAUCCAAACGUUUUUUAUUGUAUCUAACAUGAAUCAUAUCAAAUAUAGAUACUUUAUUUCGAAAUUCAGAAAAUAAAUGACGGAUAAAAAACAUAAUGACGGAAGAUAUUGAAAAUCUUUUUCCAUAUUGAAAACACUACAGACACUUACAAUGUUGCCAAGAUAGAAGUUUUUUCUCUAUAUUUAGAAAAAAGUAUUUGUAAGGGUAUUUCUUUUGUUAUUUUAUGGUAAGAAAAUUUAUAAUUUCUUAAAUAAGAAUUUAUUCGUUUAAUUGAACAAGCUCAAAGCAAAUACUAGCUCAAAAUAAUAGUCUAAAAAUAAUCAUUUCAAAUACAAAUAUUCCAUAAUUUUUAUAAUUCCAUUAAUAAAUAUUAAAAAUCAUCAUAGGUUUAUUGAAAAUUUUAUAACGUUUUGAGUUUUUAGUAGAAAUUAAGGAUAUUCUAAAAUAAGUUUAGGGAAAAAAAUUGAAGGUUUGGCAUCACUGUGUUUAUUGCCUUUACGCGAUGUUAAUGACCUGUCAUGACCUCAAAUGAAUCGUCUCAAAUUUCACGUGAAGAUUUUUAGCGCAAAUAUAAAGAAAAUACGAGGAUGCAUUUUAAUUCAAUUAAAUCAUCCACAAUUUGAAAUAAUUGCGGUUGUAUCCAAUCGUUGAAAUAUACGAAACUCGUUAUUUCUUAUUGAAUGUAUGUCAUCCCCACCGCGUUCUACUAAUACAUAUCCAUAUGAUGGUGCAAAUACAACCUAAAAUUAGGAUUUUACAUUUAAUAUUGUAUAGCGUAAGUGUACUCAAAUUUGACAACAUAGCGUAUCUAGAUAUUAUUUUGAUAAUUUCCUGUCUGUCUUAACAAUGAUAGCAAUUUUAAAUAUAGAAAGAAAUGUCCAGGAGGAAUCUGCGCAUGAGUAUCGAAAACUAUUUCAUCCCAAAUUUUUUACGCAAAUUACUCUACUGAUGAUGUAAUUUUAUGUAGCCGUUAAUAUUUUUAGAGAUAUGAAUUUUUGAAGGUUAGAAAAGUCUCAAAUUUGGGUACUUUUCAUCCAUUCUUUUCAAAGUAUACGUCGUUUAUCUUUGAGUAUCGCCGUCUCUCUCUGUCUAAUGCGUUGCAUCAGUCUCUCUGCGUCAUGAAUUAUUUUUUAUCAAUUAUCUUAAAAACCAUUAACUUUAUCAAAAUUUCUUUUCUAUAACGCAGCCGCGAGAGUUACUAAAUUAGUAGCGUUGCCAAAUAUUAACGAUGUUUUCAACGACGUAUAAUCAUAUGCUGAUGACUCUAAAUUUAAUUAUUUCAAUACCAUCGAAUUAUAUACGAACAGACAAUGAAAUGAAGUGGUGGUUUACAGGAUUGGGUUCAAGGAAACAAAAUUCUCGUAAAAUUUUUUAUUUAUUUUAUUUUUAUUUUUAAUUGUUAUCAUUCUAAUUGGUAUUGUGUUGUGUGUGGUUCGUCAAAAUAAUCGAAAUACCUGAUAGCUGAAUUGCUAUUUUAGCAAAAAAUGAAUAAA